UUUCCUAUAACGUUACCAUAGCAACGAUUUAAUAACAAACCAAUAUUCGCGCUAAUUCGCGUACUCAAUUUUGUACUAUUUCGAAGGAAACAUUGAAUUGUAUAAUAAUAAAUAAAUUUAUAAUAAAUAAAAAUUAAUAAAUAUGGAUAAUGAUGUAACAAAUUAUUCAGUGAUAGGACGUAUUGGUGAAGGUGCCCAUGGUCUUGUGUUUAAAGCGAGGCAUUUAUCAACCGGUCGUGAAGUGGCGUUGAAAAAAAUUCUCAUUAAAAACCUUGAAGAUGGGAUACCAGUUAAUGUUAUGAGAGAAAUUAAGGCAUUACAACUUUUAAGAUGUAAAUAUAUAAUAAAACUUUACGACAUGUUCCCUCGUGGAUUGAGCUUGGUAUUAGUAUUAGAAUAUAUGUGUUCAGGUUUAUGGGAAAUGCUACAUCACAACCAGCAAGAACUGACACUCCCAAGAAUAAAAACGUAUGUGCAGAUGUUACUUAAAGGAACACGUUAUAUGCACGCCCAUUACGUUAUGCACAGGGACUUGAAACCCGCAAAUCUUCUGAUAAAUCACGAAGGCAUCCUGAAGAUAGCAGAUUUAGGUCUUGCACGUCUGUAUUGGCCUGACGGUGGCAGACCAUACUCACAUCAAGUAGCCACAAGAUGGUACCGUGCUCCAGAGCUUCUCUACGGCGCCAGAUUUUAUACAGAGAAAGUGGACUUAUGGGCAGUGGGAUGCAUUAUUGCUGAAUUGAUUACUAAGCAGCCGUUGUUUGCAGGCGAAUCAGAUAUAGAACAAUUAGCAAUAGUUUUGCAACACUUAGGUACUCCCACUGAGGAGACGUGGCCGGGUCACUCAGAAUUACCAGACUACCACAAGAUUACAUUUCCUGAAUCCUCGCCCACACCUUGGCACGAAUUGUUGCCCGGCGUAGAACCAGAUGCUUUGCACCUUGUUAAAUCUUUUAUACUCUACGAUGCUAAUAAGAGAAUAUCAGCGAAAGAGGCCAUAAGGCAUCCCUGGUUCCAAAACCGGCCUCUUCCAGCAACAAUGGAUGAAAUGCCAAAACCCAGUGCUAUUAAAUCCAAAUAAUCAUCUAAUAAAUUUAAGACUCGAAAUAUGUUCUUUGAUUACUUCGGAAUGUGAAAUCUGGUGCUUGUUGAUACAAG